CUCACCAAUGGUAGUUCCUAUUGGGAGAAGGUCAAAUGACUCCGCAUGUCUGCCUGUGUGUACAUCUCCCGUAAUGGUGCACACGCCUGCCGACCAGACAGUGAAUCCCGAAGCGGUUUGUGUGAGGCGGCUCGUCGCGUGUCGCUCCCGCUGAAAGUUUGAAAAGUCAACAUCAAACCUUGACCCUCCCAGAGCCACUGAGAAGGAGAAAGAAGACGCUGCCAAGAUGUUCAGCACCAAAAGACUGAAGAAGAAGUCUCAGUCGGUGGAUAUUGCCAGUCAAGGAUUCUCCCCGACUCUGGUGCCAGCCUCGCCCCUCAACAAGGCUGCACCACCUGUUGCCGCCGUCCUCGCCGUGCAGGAAAAUAACACCACUAACUCCCAGCGCCGCAGCCCCCGGUGUGGGGAGCUGAAGAGAGGCUACACCAUAGAUACCGGCCAGAAGAAGACCCCAGAGAAGAAGGAUGGGAGGCGCAUGUCGUUCCAGAGACCCAAAGGGACCAUUGAAUAUUCUGUGGAAUCGCGGGACACGCUGAACAGCAUUGCGCUCAAGUUCGACACCACACCCAAUGAGCUGGUUCAGCUGAACAAGCUUUUCUCCAGAGCAGUGGUGCCUGGCCAGGUUCUGUACGUUCCUGAUCCCGAGUACGUCUCCAGUGUCGGAAGCUCCCCUUCCCUCAGUCCCAUCAGUCCCCUGUCUCCUACCUCCUCAGAAGCUGAUUUAGAGAAGGUGACGGACUCUGAUGGCCCCCCUAAACCAGAAGGCGGUCACCCGCCAGUGUUCUCUGCCCUGCGUAAGUCCAGGGUGGUGUCGUCCACCUCCGAGGAGGAAGAGGCCCUCACAGAGAAGUUCCUCAAGAUCAACUGCAAGUACAUCACUGAUGGGAAGGGUGCGGUGAGCGGGGUGCUGCUGGUGACACCCAACAACAUCAUGUUCGACCCUCACCGGAUGGACCCCUUGGUUCAGGCCCACGGGUGUGAGGAGUAUGGCAUCAUGUGUCCUCUGGAGGAAGUACAGUCUGCUGCCAUCUACAAGGAGAUCACCGACCCGAAGAUCAGAGAGGCUGUCCCUGAUGACCUGGAGCCUCUGCCAGUUGAGAGACAUCCCUCCCAGCAGAAGGAACCAGAACAUCGCCUGAGGGAGCCAGGGGCCAAUGAUAGCGGCAGCACGGCCCCACGCAGCACAGAGGGCUCCAUCUCUGAAGACGUCUUCACCGAGUCUGAGCUGUCUCCCAUCCGGGAGGAGGAGCAGGCGUCUAAUGAGGACAUCCGCCUGGAAAAGUCCUCUGGCGCUUCUACGGAGUCUGUGCAAACCGUCACCCAGGUGGAUGCCACUGGCGCUGGUUACCAGGCCACCGGCAGCACCCACGGCUCGGUCAGCCAGCCAGAGGAGCACCCUGUGGCAAAAGCAGAGGACAAUCCACCAGACACUGCCACAGAAAAUAUUAGCCAGUCCCCGAUGGGGUCUAAGCAGCACAGUGUAGAGAAGCCACCAAGCACACCCACUACCACCAGCAGCACCACUAGCCAGGCCCAGGGUCCCAGCAGCAGCUCCUCUCGCCCGGGGUCCCAAAGCUCUGCCCCCCCUGGUGCCACAGACAUGGCCACCGUCUCAGCCAGUCCACAAGGGGAUGCCAACGAGGGGACAGACGUCUCCAAAACGGACACUAUGCAACAAGGCAAGGGGGAGAAUGUAGAGGAGACGCAGAGGGACGGCACACAGAGCUCUGCAGAGGGUACAGGGUCCGCGGAGAGUCGGAAGCACCGUUCUCACAAGUUCCUGUGUCUGCGAGUGGGGAAGCCUAUGAAGAAAACAUUUAUCUCCAACGCCAGCGCCUCCAUGCAGCAGUAUGCCCAGCAGGGCAAAAAGCAUGAGUACUGGUUUGCUGUGCCGCAGGAGAGGUCAGACCACCUGUACGUAUUCUUCAUGCAGUGGAGUCCAGACAUGUAUGGUGAGGGGGUCAGGGGAAUGGGACAAGAGCCUGGAUUUAUGGUUGUCAAGAAGAAUGAGAUGUCAGAAAUAGCCAAGGACGAGCCCAUCACUGACCUCAAUGUCAAGGAAUGGGAGGUAGUGUCUCUGACGGAGUACCACCGUCGGAUUGAUGCUCUAAACAGCGAAGAUCUGCGGUCGCUCUGCAAACGUCUCCAGAUCACUACCAAGGAGGAGGUAAACUCCAAGCAUGGCACGUCCAUCAAGACAGAAUUGGAGCCGGAAACGUUCAAACCCAACCUCAGAGAACCCAGUGAUCUCCUGGAGGCCGACCAGAUAGAGAAGCUUGCCAGGAAUCUCCCACCACGGACCAUUGGGUAUCCAUGGACGCUGGCCUUUGGCACAUCAAAGCAUGGUAUGAGCAUUAAGUCACUGUACAGAGCCAUGCAGGGCCAGGACACCCCAGUGCUCAUGGUCAUUAAAGACAGUGACGGCCAGGUAUUUGGUGCGUUGGCAUCCGAGCCCUUUAAAGUCAGUGAUGGUUUUUAUGGCACAGGAGAGACCUUCCUCUUCACCUUUAAUCCAGAGUUUGAGGUGUACAAAUGGACAGGUGAUAACAUGUUCUUCAUCAAGGGAGACAUGGACUCCUUAGCAUUUGGCGGAGGAAGUGGUGAGUUUGGCCUGUGGCUGGAUGGAGACCUCUACCACGGCAGAAGUCACUCCUGUAAAACAUUUGGAAACCCCAUGCUGUCUAAAAAGGAGGAUUUCUAUGUGCAGGACAUAGAGAUCUGGGCUUUUGAAUAACAGGACAGUGCAUCACAGGGAAAAAAACAAGUCCUGCAAAGGGCAAAGUGAGGAGUUCUCCUCCUUUAGAACAAUGGCAAUGUCCCAAACCUAACUGCACAUCACCAGGGCUCCCCAGGCCGGAAGCCAGCUAUCGGAUGCUUGUUGUGCAUUACUACUGCAGUUAUUACGGAGCUUUUUUUCUUUGUGAAAAAUUACCUUUGUGUGUAUCUUGUUACAGCCUUGUGCAAUGUCUUUGCAGAGCAGGGGGAGUGUGUAAACAGUGAUGAUGAUGAUGGUGAAAGGACUGUAAGAUUAGGUUGUAUCAGAGAGAUGAAGAGAGGGAGACAGGGAAGAUUCCACUAGGCCUUGAAGAGGAAAGGACCAUCGGAGCUCCUCUUUCCUGAGAGGUGGCGAAGAUGAUGGCCGCUGAGGUUUGGGACUGCUGCGACACAAGAGAAAACUGCCCUACUGCUACAGAUGGUGUAUCUGAACUUUUUAAGAACCUCAAGGAAUCCCGGCACCCUCUUGAAGCCCCUAGAACUAUGUUCAUUCGGUAGGAUGUUAACUCACUGUGCUGUCAGCCUUGACGGAGAGAGACCCAGUUACAGGGGAGAGAAAAAGAAGGAGACACAAAUCGAUCACAUUCCAUUACUCUUGGUGAUGGUGGAGUGUCAGUAAAGUUGUGAUUUGUGUUAAAAACACCAAUAAACAAAACGCAUCAGCAGCAGGAUACGAUGACACUUAACUCAGAGAGGAGAGAGAAUAUUUACAGGGGGUUGGGGGCUAGUCUUUUUACAGUACAGUUUUGGGUUGUCUUCUGAGGCUAAACUUAUAGAGUAUCGUGUAUUGUAGUCCUCCUGUUGUUCACUGUCAUAGCACACCAUCUGAAAGCACAUAGCUAUAAUCAGAUCACCCAUCGUCGUAAUGUUCUGUUCAGUGGGUGUACGUGUGAGUCCAGCUAACGGCGGCUCCUCCUGCAGGACGCUCGCCGUACUGUUCGUAGACAGUAACGUGUUGCAAUAGAUUUGUGGAAUAUGCAAAUAACUGUCCUGUGACCUCAAAUACCUGCAGGUCGUGGCACUUUUGCCGCCGCCUGUUGCUCUUUCAAGAGAGAAACUUGUAAAGCUUUUACGUCUUGAUACACAAUUGCUUUUCUGGGUAUCAUUUGAAAAGCCUGAGACGUGGUUAACUGUUUUACAUGCCUAUAUGACAAUUAUAUAUUGGUAUAUAUGAUUAUAUAUGGAUCUAUAUAAUCAUAUAUAUUUUUGCUGUUAAGUGUGACAGUGAUCUAUUUGUGCUGAUAUUUCAGCUGUUACAAUAUAAUGUAUAUUACCUUGUAAAUUAAUGUUAAAAUAGUAGAUUUGUUCCUAAAUAUAUAUAUAUAUAAAUACAUAAUGCUAUAUAAAUAUAUAUAUAUAUAUAUAAUAAAGUGUGGAUUGGUGGGUUGCUUCUAGCACUUUAAUCUGGUGUAAAAGCGUUAAAACCAGGUUCUUAGAUUCUCUUAGCAGUAGCUGUACAGUACUUUUUUUGUUUAGAUCAUUAAGAUGUUAACUGUCAGUAGAAAGCUUGCUGCUACCAAUAUCAAUAAGGGUAUGCUCUAAUGCUCUGUGUGUGUAAAGGAGGAUUACUGUGAGGUAGGAGGGGAGGGCGGAAUGUGGCGGAAUGUGGCAAAAGGGUUCGGUUUCUCUCCUCAUGUGGCUGUCAGGUGAGUCUCAGCAGGUACAGGUAGGUAUGCAGGCAGACGGACCUCUGACAGGCAGAUGAUGGCGGGCGAAGGGAAGUGUGUACCGUACGUAACCCUCCCCCGACGAGCUUUCUUCCCCCCCAUUCUGGUCUUCCACACCAGUAUUUGUGUCCUUGUGGAGAGUCACAAAGAAUAAUAUGGAUAAUUCUUCCAAUUAUUUCACCAGAAUACAAUGUAUCAGUGAUGUAUAAAUAACAAUAAAGCUGAAUUAAUUGUUGUAACCUGGGA